AUGCGUCCUAGAUCAAAGGUGCUCGGACUGGAUCCACCAACGUGCUGCUCUGCUUCCUCCUCUUGCCUGUCAUCAUCCUCGGGGGCAUCGUCAUCGUCCUGCUCGUCCAGCUCGGGAUUACGGACCCCUGAAUGGUCUGCCUACGGUGGCACUUACCCAAACGAUCAGGGGCAAUACCAGCGUUAUUAUGAUGCCUCCAAGAUAUGUCAGCUCGAUCCCGGCGCUCCAAUAGACGUCUCACACCGCACCCGCCACAUCCGACUUCGUGAGCACUUUGUCCGCGACAUGGUCGCCCUUGGUGAUAUCGCGGUCCAGUACAUCAACACGGCCGACAUGACCGCCGACAUCUUCACCAAGGCUCUAGCCCGCGACCUCUUUGCGCGUCACCGCGGCCGCCUUGGCAUCUGUCCUCCCUGAUGCUCGAAGUCGGGGGGGUGUGAGAUUCUCAAAGUACUUUAAUUCUCUCUUAUUUCCUUCUAGCAUCAUGGCCCCUGUGUCUCUUCCCUUAUUCUCCUUCUUGACCCGGCUUUGCCGUCUAUCUUCCGCAUUCUGGCCAGACUCGCGCACUUGCUCUCAGCUAGCUGGCCCCGCGCGACUCUCUCUCUCCUGCUCAAGCAACUUCUUGGUCUGGUCUCCCUUGGUCCGUCGAUCAGAGACUUACCACUGCUUGAGCAGGUCUGUGCGUUGCUUCUACCUCUCAUAGGUUAUGAGCCCAACGAGCUACCAGCUGCGAGGAAUCUCCUUUUUCGGCCUCGUGGCCGAUGUUUAUCGAACUCCCGGCCCCACCUCCGCUACUUUUACCCUUUGCAUCACUUGCACUCCCAUCUGCAGUAUCUCCCACGCUGCCUGGGAUCAUAUUCCAACUACCGAGUCGCUCUGAUCCAAUAGCAAUUGCAGGAAAUCGGAUGCAUGGCGACGACGGUCUAGGAAAAGGUGCUUCCCAAACACCCACUCCUUCUUCAGUGACUCCAACUCGAUCACCUCUUGGGAAGCUACUCGACGAUUGGACACCCGCGAAUACAGCGGACCUACAUGGUAGCAACAAUAAUACCGCAGAACUUGCAUGGGUAACAGCUGGCGCGUCGACGCGUCUGCCGGUGAUCCCGACUCCAGCGCGUCGACACCGUCGAGGGCGUUCUUUGUCGGUCCAUCUACUGUGGCGAUCGAGCGUGACAGAAGAAGGAUGGGAGGUUUUGAAGAGGCACUACGAAAUGAAGAUAGGGGCGCCGUGGCCGGUCUGGGGCAAGACGGGAUGCGGUGACUGGUCUCUAAAGCUGGAACGCGCGGGGCUGUGA